AUGUUGGAGGGGAGCGGUGCGGGAGCGCCGCAGGCCGCCAGAAAAAAGCGCGUGCGGCACCACCGUGCGAAGAGAAAAGGAGACACCGCUGUGAACGCGGCGGGCGAUGCUCAGCAGACGUUGGAGGCAGACGUCGAAGAUGUGGCAACGGGGCCAACCCUUGAAGAUCCUGCCGCCGCUGGCACAACGGCAGUGCGUGAGGAAGACGUGGAGCGGCGCGCGAAAAGGCCCCGCAGGGAGGAGGCCCCGCUCCAAGAGGAAUAUAUGGAAGUUGAGGCUGAGGAAGAUGAAGAUGAAGAUGAAGAUGAAACAGCAAAGCAGGAAAGUUCCACAAGAGCGGAUGAGGCGAAGAAUACUCCGAGGCAGCGGGAUAGGGUUUCCUGUGUAUCCGACUACAAGGUGCUGAAGUUAAAUCCUCACAUCGUCGCCGCCCUCGAGAACGACUUUAAGUUUGGGGAGUUAACCGGUAUUCAGGGCCGGUGUAUCCCCGCCGCUCUCAACGGUCGGGAUCUGCUCGCCGAGGCAAAAACAGGGUCAGGAAAGACGCUUGCUUUCCUUGUUCCAAUAGUGGAGAUCAUUUCGAGAGCUGGAUUUCGACCGAAGAAUGGCACGGCUGCAGUUAUCAUUGGCCCCACACGUGAACUUUGCCUGCAGAUUGAGGGUGUGCUGCUGAAGCUACUAAAGCACUUUAACGGAUCGAUCACGUUUCUCUGCUGUAUUGGAGGCCAAAGCCGCAAUCAAGAGGCUUUUAAACUUGUGAGUGGUAUGAUGAUAGUUAUUGCCUCUCCCGGACGCCUGCUAGACCAUUUAAAGCUUACCACCGACUGGCUCACAAAAAAUCUUCUCGUUUUAGCUGUAGAUGAGGCUGAUCGUGUCUUGGAUAAUGGCUUUGAGGAGGAUAUGCGUGAAAUUGUCUCCUUGCUACCUAAGCAGCGUCAGACUUUUUUGUUUUCCGCUACGCAGACAACGCGGGUGGAGCAGCUUGCCCGUAUAUCCUUUUACAGGCCUCCACUCCUAAUUUCAAUGAAGCGUCGAGAGGAAAAGGCAACUGUCGACACACUGGAGCAGGGAUACGUCAUGUGCCCAAGCGAGCAGCGACUGCUGGUCUUGUAUCAUUUUGUUAAGCGUAAUCUAAAGAAGAAGAUGAUUGUUUUCUUUAGUAGCCGAAACGCCGUUAGCUUUCACUGUGAAUUGUUUAAUUACAUCGAUGUCCCAUGUGUGGCUUUUCACGGAAAGCAAAAACAACAUCAACGUUCUGCAACAUACAUGCAAUUCUGUAAUGCGCCUAGUGGCGUGCUCUUUACAACCGAUGUGGCUGCUCGUGGGUUGGACAUUCCUCACGUGGAUUGGAUCGUGCAGUUCGAUCCUCCUGAUGAUCCCGUGAAGUACGUGCAUCGGGUGGGACGCACAGCACGCGCCGGGCGUUGCGGAAAUGCUCUUAUGUUUCUUCUUCCUCAGGAGAAGCUUUUCCUAAAAUACCUCUACGACGACGCUCAUGUCACGGUGAGCGAGUUUACCUUUGACCUCAGUAAGGUGAAGCAGGGGGUGAGUGAGCAACUGGAGCAGCUGGUGAACACCAACUACUACCUCCGCACAUCCGCCCGUCGGGCCUAUGAGGGAUAUCUUCUUAGCUACAGCAGCUCGCAACUCAAGAAUGUCUUUGACAUUCACAGCUUAGACUUGGCUGCCGUGGCAAAGGGGUUUGCGUUGAGUGAGCCUCCGCCGCUGAAGUUGGACCUCUCUCAGUCCGCGGCGCACAUGAACAAAAAGUCACGUCGCGAGUUUCGUCACAUGAAGGAGUCCAAAGACAAGCAGCGUCGGUUAGUAAAUGAGCAGACCUUAAAGGAGCGCAAGUCAAACAUUAGUGGAGAGUGGUGA